AUGGAAGAGGAUCCCAAGAUUGCGCUGUUUGCCAACUUCAACAACGGAUUUGUCGCGGUGGUCAUGUUCUACGGGACCACCCAGCCGAGCCACCGAAGGCCUUUGAGCCGUUUCACAACCUCAGAAGCCUGGGUAGGUUUCGCCUAUGAGUGGCCCAAAGACGGUAGUGACGAUGCCGCGGCGCAAAAGGCCGUAGAUACCAUAUCCAAAACAGUGCAGUCUCUAGCUAAGACUAAAGGUACCCUCUUGGACUUCAAGUACAUGACCUUUGACACUGGCUCUCAGAAGGUUCUUGGCAGCUAUGGAGCCGAGAAUAUCAAGCUGAUGCAGGAGGUGGCGGCCAAGUACGACCCGGAGGGCGUCUUUCAGAAGCUGCAGAAUGGCGGGUUCCUUUUACGCGACAAUAUCUAA